AUGGCGUCGCGGAAAGGGGGGAUGGCGAGGCGGGAAGGGGAUAUGGCGUGGCGGGAAGGGGAGAUGUCGUGGCGGGAAGGGGAUAUGGCGUGGCGGGAUGGGGAUAUGGCGUGGCGGGAAGGGGAUAUGGCGUGGCGGGAAGGGGAUAUGGCGUGGCGGGAAGGGGAUAUGGCGUGGCUGGAAGGGGAUAUGGCGUGGCGGGAAGGGGAUAUGGCGUGGCGGGAAGGGGAUAUGGCGUGGCGGGAAGGGGAUAUGGCGUGGCGGGAAGGGGAUAUGGCGUGGCGGGAUGGGGAUAUGGCGUGGCGGGAAGGGGAUAUGGCGUGGCGGGAAGGGGAUAUGGCGUGGCUGGAAGGGGAUAUGGCGUGGCGGGAAGGGGAUAUGGCGUGGCGGGAAGGGGAUAUGGCGUGGCGGGAAGGGGACAUGGCGUGGCGGGAAGGGGACAUGGCGUGGCGGGAAGGGGAUAUGGCGUGGCGGGAAGGGGAUAUGGCGUGGCGGGAAGGGGAUAUGGCGUGGCGGGAAGGGGAUAUGGCGUGGCGGGAAGGGGAUAUGGCGUGGCGGGAAGGGGAUAUGGCGUGGCGGGAAGGGGAUAUGGCGUGGCGGUGGUCGCGGCGGGCCCGCGAGAGGAGGCGUGGGGCCCGUCCGAUGAACCGAGCCAGUAUGGAGGCAUUUUCGCAGCCACGAAUGGGUAUAAAUUAG